AUGGAGAGCAAAAGCUCCAAAGACUCGGACAGCUCCUUGAGCCGAGCAAGCACCAACCGUUCAAAAACUCCGGAAGAAAAAGCCCGCAGCUCGACUCAAUCCGCUAGCUCGCGGAAUGAACCGACAAGUUACGGCGAUUUGAUUUCGGAGCGAAGCAGUCAGCUAGAGAGAAGAGCCAGUGGAAGAGCGCGCACGCCGUCCGGUUCUGUCGGUGAAAUGAGCUACACUCGCCCUCUCAGCCAUAAUGAGGCGUCUUCUACUCGCCGCUCGAACGCAGGCAGCUCAAGCGUCUCCCAGACACUUCCAGAACCGGACACAUCCAAGAUGGAGAGUACAAGAUCUGACGAUGCUUUAUCUCUGAGCUCUAUGCAAGUUGUAGAGCUUAAAAGAAAGCUUGAUGAAGAACGAGAUGGGUACAGGCGCAAGUUACAGGCUUACCAAGAAGGCCAAACUCGCCAAGCCCAGCUCGUACAAAAACUUCAGUCCAAGGUUGUUCAAUACAAGAAGCAAGCGACAAACUUGCAGCAACAGAACAAAGAUCAAAAAUUGGACAUGGAAAGAUCUAGAUUGUCCUUGGAGGAUGAGAACUCGCGACUUCAAUCCAAGCUUUCUCUUCAGGAAUCUCGUCUUCGUCGACUGGAGACUGAAACAGGAGACAUGGACGAGGUACUUGUCAAGCUGGAAGCAGAGCAACAAAACUCCGAGUCUCUUCGGCAGCUGACUCAGAUUCUUCGCGAGCAGCUUGACCAGUGCAACAAGGAGAACCGCCAAUUGAGCGACUCCAACGCCGCUCUAAAGGCACAGGUCGACGAGGCCCAGGAAGAAGCGGAACGUUUGCGGGAAGAAAAAAUGCAUAUUUCUGGUAUCGUUAUGGCGGACGAAGACAAACUUGCUAGCUUGUGGAAGUCUUUCCGAAUGCUCAAGCGAAACUACAACGAGAUGAGGAAUGAAACCGACAAGGAUCUUUCGACAAUUCGAGAUGACAUCACGCGCUCAAAGCGUCAAAUGCACGCUGCUUGCUUGAAUCUCAACGCCAACUUGCGCACUGCAGAGCCACGACAAUCACUCGAUCGAAUGUCCGACGAAAAGAGCCAGGUGGAACAGCAACUUCGCGAAAAGGUUUCCGAACUUAUCGAACUCCAGGACGAUUUUGAGAAGGAACGCGCCGCAUUGAAGAAUUCUCUCCGAUCAGAGCGAGAAAACUCUGCUGCCAAGGCUGAUCUCUCCGCGCUCAACAUGUCUCAAAUCAACCCUGCUGACUUCGAAGAUCUCCAAGAGCAAAAAGCCCAGCUUGAGCAGGCACUUCGAGACAUUGCUAACUGCGUUAUUGCUGACACUGAGUUGUCGGUUGCCAUUCCCGAAGCGGAAUCACUCCGAGGAGAUGGCGCACGAUCGCCAACCAGAUCCACCUCGCCUAGCCGACGAUCUCGCCGACUCAGAUCACCAGGAAGAGCCGUCAGCCCUACCUUCGCGAUGACAACUUACGACGCUGUUGCUGGAAGUCUUCAAAAACGCCAGCUUCAGGUGCAAGAGCUCCGUGCCAAGCUUGAGGCCUCACAAGACUCCGGUGCAAGCCUCAGACAGCAACUUGCUGAAGCUGACAACACUGUCAAGGACUUGGAGCGUGAAAUUGCCGCGACAAAGAGCAAACUCGACGAGACUAUCACCGAAAACAACGAUGCCAAGCGCGAGAUCACCAGAAAGCUGGCCUCUGCUGAAACCGCCCAGGCUGAGAAAGACGGACUCAACCGAACGCGCAACAAUCUCCAAGCUCAACUCGAGGGUGCCCAAGUCGACAUUGAAAAACUCCGAAGCAAGAUCGCGGAGCUUUCUUCACAGAAAGAAUCGGCCGAGGAGGAUCGAGAAGAACUGCAGGCGCUGCUGAAACGAAGGGAUGAGGAUGACAAGCGCUCUCAGCGAAAUAUCGAGCUUCUGGAACAACGAGGCUCGUCUCUAAAAGAAGAGCUCAUUGCCAUCCGAGAGCAACUCAAGAAAUCAGAGCUCGAACGGGACGUUGCUGACCAGGAGCGACAUGAAACAAGCGAAGCUCUUCAACGAGCCGAAUGUGCUCUUAACGAGACCGAGCUCAAACUCAACCAUCUCAGAACGGAAGAAGCAGGCUCUCGCGACCAACUCGCUAAGUUUGCCGCGCUUAAUGAAGGACUCGCUGCUGACAAGGUUGAAUUGAGCCGAACAAUCGCUCAUUUGGAGGAAAAACUCCAACACUUGGACAAUCAAAAACAAGACGUUGAGGAGGAGAAACAGAUCAUCCGCCACGAGUUGAUCAAGAUGGAGCAAGCCGCUGCUGAUUUGAAGGCGCAGAAAUCGACCCUUGACACGAGCUUAAUUGAAGGCGAGAAUGUGCGAAACCGCCUUGACGCCGAGAUUCAAGAGCUCAACCGCGAUAAGCUCGUCCUCAAGGAGACCAUUAAUUCCUUGGAACGCGCCCAAGCCAAGCUCCAGGAAGAUCUUGGAAACAACAAGGAGGACCUUGAGCGAACUGGAAUUCAACUCAGCAAGCUCGCCAAAGAAAAGGAAGAGCUCACCAAGGACAAAGCGCAGCUUAUGGUUGAAAAGUCAUCAGCUGAGCGAGCUAAUCGAGCACUCAGCGAGGAAUUGGCCGUUCUCAAGACCGAUAAAGAAACUCUUGAAACUGGGCUUUACGAGCAGCAGCAAAACUGCAGUGUUCUCGAGGGCAAGAAAUCUGGACUUGAGCAGGAUCUCCAGUCGGCUCUUGUGAGAAACGAAGCCUUACAAGCGGAAGUUUCCCGAACUCGUAACGAGCUACAAGGCGAAAUCGAUAAGCUUGGAGAACAGAUUGAGCUUAGGAAUCAAAAGAUCAGCGAAAAUGAGAGGAACUACAAGCUUCAAAUUAAGAAGCUCAACCAAAUCAAGGAUGAAGACUGCGACAGACUGGAGCGAGAAAAACAAUCUCAAUUGGCCCGAUUCCAAAAAACCAAGGAAGAAAUUCUUUUCGAACACGCGAAAGAAAAGGAAGAAAUCAUCACUCUCUUUGCCCAAGAAAAGAAGGAGCUUCAGGAAGAAAUCAACGCCGUCGUUGCUGAACACAAUGAGGCAAUGAUCGUUGCUGAGUCUGAGAAACAACAAGAACUUAGCAUCAAAGAAUCCGAAAAAGCCCGACUCCAGGAGUCGCUCAACAGCAGCCAGCGGGAGAACAACCACUUCCGCGUCGCGAUCGAGCGAGCAAAACGCGAAGCUGGCGCUCGACAAGAACAAGAUCGCGAGGCAAUCAACAGACUUACAGGCGAAAUUAAAAACUUUAAAUCGCAAUUCGCCACUACUGUUGAAUCACACGAAGCUGAAAUCUGCCAGAUGAACGAGAAGAUCGCCACACUCUGCAACGAGCGUGACCAAAUCGACAAAGAAGCUGAGGAGCUUAAGCUGCAACUCCGUGUUUCUGAGGACGCCAAGGAUGCCACGAGACGUGAUCUUAUCGAGACCGCUCGUAUGCUCAAAGAACACGAGGAGAAACUCGAGCGAAACAGAAAAGAGAACAUGGAACUCAAACGAGCAAUCACCGACGAGAAGCACGAAAAGGAAGCAAUUUCAAAGACCAAUGAAGAUCUCCGCGGCGAUAUCAAAAAGGUUCAAUCCGACCGAAUCGCGCUCAAACGUCAAUGUGAAGAGAAAUCGCAACGAGUUGCAGUACUUGAGGAAUCGAAAAACGCUCUCCUUCAAGAAUCCCAAGAGCUCCGCGCUGGACUCCGUGAAGUCGAGCGAUCACGACUUGAAGCGCGCCGAGAACUCCAGGAUCUCCGCCGCCAGAUCAAGAUGAUCGAUGCUGAGUCUGAAAAGAAAUCAGCAGAGGUCAACGAUCUGCAAAAGCGAAUUUCGCAGGAUGAGGCACGUGAAGAGGAAUCUCGCCGAGAAGCUCACUGCCUCAAGCAGCGAAUCGUCGAGACCGAGUCUUCCCGCGACAACUUAACCAAGGAAAACAACAAUUUGACCCGAAAACUGACUGAAACAGAAGACGCAUUGAAGGCCGUCGAGCGUGAGCUUUCCAACGCUGUCAGCGAUCACCGAGACAUUCAAGGGCGACUCAAGGACGAGAUCAGAGAACUGAGCCAGGUCUUCAACGCCAAGGACCAAGAGUCAACUGAUCUGAAAAUCCGCCUUAGCGAUUUGGAAGGCCGCGCCGCCGGACUUGAAACUGAGCUGAGCAAGACCGACAACGACAAGCGAGAAGUAGAAUACAAGCUUUCCUCGCUCUACUCGGCACUCCGUCGAACUCUUGGAAUUAGCCGUGUCGGUAGAUCCGCCUCGCCGAUGCGCGGCCGCUCUCGUAGCCCAAGCCCUAACCGAACAAAGCAAACUGAAAGCCAGUUGAACUCUUCUGUCGUCGAUGUUGACCCAGAAGUCGUCCGCGCUUCCCUCCGCGAGUUCAUUUGCGAGCUGAAGGAAGCCGAGCAACAGCGCGAUCUCGCCCGAGCUGAAUCGCAGGACCUAACAAAGCAACUUGCUGAGACUGAAGAACAACGAGACCGAGCUAACAACCGACUAUCCGCGCUCAACAAGUCUCUUGGUGCGCUCGAGGAAGGUAAACGCGGCUCCGACGGACGACUGGCAUCAGCUCAGACUGCUCUCAUGCUUCAAGAAGAAACCAUCAGACGAUGCGAGCGAGAGAAGAAGGCACUGAGCGAGAAGGUCAUCGCUCUCGAAAGAAACGCUACCAACAGCGAUGGUGAUCGAAGAAAGCUUCUUGAUCGAAUUAACAAACACAAGGCCGCAGAAACUCGAAUGGACGCCGAGUUAAAAAGACAAAAGGAAACAUUGGACAUUGCGGAGCAAAAGCAAACCGAUACUGAAGUAAAACGUCGCAAACUCGAGGGAGAAUUGCAAAGGAUGAAGCUCACUGUCCACGAUAAGGAAACCGAGGUGCAAGUUAUGAAGGAACGAUGCGACUCGCUCACUAAACAACUUCAUACUGCUGAGAGCAAGUGUCAAAACCUCCAGACCUCUAUCGAGCGCCUUUCCGCCGGUCUUGCCAAAACUACAGAGGGAGAAGAGCAGCUGCGAAAACGAGUUAACGACCUUGGAAAGAACAUCUCCACGAAAGACCUUCAAACUCAAGAUCUACAGGAAAAAAUCUACAAGUUGCAAAAACUCGUCACAGCUUCCGAGCAAGACCGAACCGUCCUCGGCGAGCGAUUGGAGACCUCCCGAGCCAGCGUUGCCGAGCUCAAGAAACAACUUGCCAAGCAAAACGAAAAACUCUCGUCCGCGAACAGAAACAACGAGGACGCAGACCUUCGAACAAUGGAGCUCGAGGCACAACUCAAGACCAACAAACAGAUGCUGGAUGCUGCUCGUGAAAAUGAAGGUGCCGCUGUCCAGCGAAUCUCCAAGCUUCAAGAGGAAAAGAAAGUUCUCCAGGAACGAGUAACCGGUCUCCAACGAGCGAUUGCCCAAUUGGACGCAAAGAAACGCGAAACAGAGCGCGCCGCCCAGCGAUUAGAAAAAGACAAACAGUCGCUCAAGAAGAACAUGAACCAUCUUGAAAAGGAGCGAAACGCACGAGCUGAAGAAGCGCUGCGACUCUCUUCCGAGCGGGCGAAUCUGGAUUCGACUGUCAAAGGUGUCGAAGGAGAACUGAGCGCUCUUGUCAAGCGAUCUCACGAGCUCGAGGCCCUUCUGGCUGAGCAAGAGCAAUCGCACGCUCAUCGCAUUUUGGAACUGACUUCUCGUCACAGACAGGAGGCAGACAGUGAAAUGGAACGACUCCGAUCGGCACACAGCCAGGCCGAACGCACUCUAGAAUCUCGAGAGCGCGCCCAUCGCCAAAGAAUUCGCGGCCUCGAGGAACAGAUCUUUGGCUACAGAAGCGAGAUCACGACGCUAAAAGAUCAACUCGCCCUGGAAAUCCGCCGCAAACAAGCCUAUCUGAAGGAGGCCGUCCGAGGAUCGUCAUAA